UCUUUUCUCUGCAACUUUCAAGUCUUCUCACUUUGUAUCAGGACAUUUGUCUGGUCAGAAAAAGGCCACACAAUAUGCAGAACAGACCGGAGUGUCUGCCCUACUGUCUGUGCUUCAUGAAGAAGUCUGCCUUCUGUCUGGACAGGGUGACAUUCAACGAAAAAAGGGUGGGUUGUUGACAUUCAGAAGACCCCAGAUGACCUCAAGAUGCCCCUUCUGAAGAGGAUCCUGCGUGACCUUGAGGUGGAGAUAAAAUACUACCAGUGCUCCCGUCUGCACACCCGGUCGGAGGUAGUGGCAGACGUUGUCACCCAACUGUUCUUCAUGAUGAAGACCGACCCCAGCGGCACUCCUUGCAAUGGGUCCUCCAUGAAACUUACGGAACUGGCCAUGGAUGUUGUCCAUGCAGUGCUUGGGAACUUAUCCUCACGUUUACCAAUCUCAAGCCUACAAGCACAGUACUCCCACCCGGCUGCUGCUAGGAUGACCCAAUCUAUUCAUCACAAGCUUGUGAAGGCCACGUACACUGCGGAUGACAUGAAACAGUUCUUGAGCACCGGCAAUGAGACUGUAAUGGCUGCCAUUAUUCAAAUUGUGUCAGUGAAAGUUGCCAGGCUUUUUCAGAGGUCUUUUCAAAGGCCUUCAGCUCCACCAUCCUUCUUAAAACUUUUCCUGGUUGCUAGUGACCAGAAGAUUUCACCUACUGCUGCCCAGAAGCUGGUGAUUCACAUGGAGACAGUGACGUCAGUCUUGGCACUUGUGUUGAUGCAGAUAUACUCCAAGGAGGGAAGAGAAUUUACAUUUGAAGCUCAUAAGUGGCCACUGGUUGAGCAUGUGGUAAUCAGACUGUCCCUCUCUGGUGUCAACGUCAGCAAGAAGAAAGGUUCCUCUAUCCCUGACGCAUCACCUGCAGUGAAGCCACCCCCAGUGUUCACUCUUCCUAACACUUCACCUGCAGUGAAGCCUCCUCCGGGAUUUACUGUACCUGACACCUCAGCCACAGUAAAACCUCCUGGAUUCAGCCCACUUGAUGCACCAUCUCUAGUGAAGCCUUCUCCUGGAUUCAGCCUACUUGGUGCAUCACCUGUAGUGAAGCCACAUCCUGGAUUCAGCCUACUUGGUGCAUCACCUGUAGUGAAGCCACCUCCUGGAUUCAGCCUACUUGGUGCAUCACCUGUAGUGAAGCCUCCUCCUGGAUUCAGCCUACUUGGUGCAUCACCUGUAGUGAAGCCUCCCUCCUGA